AUGAGUACCCUUCUUCAGUCGACCCCGAGAAAUCUUUUUAGCCCUCCUGUCGAACCUUCACCCAGACCGAGAUCCAUGGCUAUCCUCCCCCAGAACGACGAUACAUCGCCCAAAUCGACCCAAGAAGAUUCGAUACAGAUAACCUCUCCGGCUCCUCCGAACAUGGGUCCUCCUACCCAGGGCAGUCCAGAAGUGGAACAAGGGAGUAACGCGAAUGGAAACAAGGACCACACCUCUAGUUUCGCAACCAAUGCGCCGUCAGGAGCAGUGGGAGCUUCACAAGGACCCAAAGUUGUACAGACUGCCUUCAUUCACAAGCUCUACAGUAUGCUGGAGGAUCGAACCAUCCAGCAUCUAAUCUCGUGGUCCAACACCAACGAGAGCUUUGUCAUGUCCCCCUCAAACGAGUUUUCGAAGGUCCUGGCUCAAUAUUUCAAGCACACCAACAUCUCGUCCUUUGUCCGGCAACUCAACAUGUACGGAUUUCACAAGGUCAGCGAUGUCUUCCACACCGGAUCCCCCGAAUCCGCCCUGUGGGAGUUCAAACACGGAAACGGCAACUUCAAGAAAGGCGACUUGAUGGGGCUGAGAGAGAUCAAAAGGCGCGCCUCGCGACACACACUGAUCCAUCGCGAUUCAUUCUCCAAUGCGAAACCCGGCCUCUCGCAACCAGGAACGCCGGCCGAGGUCGUACCCGAUACCGAUCAGCGUCUGGCGGGUCUGGAACAAGCAUUCUACGAUGUCCAUGCCCGGUUGCAGAGGACGGAGGAAAACUACGCCUUGAUGAGCUCCAGGUAUCAGGCGCUGACUGAGAGUUUGGUCCGGUGUCACCAAUGGGCGCACAGCGUCACCGGUGCAAUUCAGACCAUGUCCUCGCCCGAAUCUGCCUUGUAUGCAGACAUCACCAGUAUGCAAAAGGAAAUUGCGCGACAGCUCGAAUUCGUCCGCACCUUGGACAUGCCGCAAGACUCGCUGCAAAAUGGCCGACAGGCAUACUAUCCCAGCAGCGCCGCCCUGGAGCCCCCUCUUUCUCCACGUGGAUACAACUAUCCUGACAGCCGAAGAUCGUCUGUGCAGAUUGAACCCCAACAUGUGGGAUUGCGGCCCCCAGUACCCCCUAUUCCACCUCAUUUUUCCUCGUCGCCACGACGUUAUGGCUCGAUGAGCAUCCCUCAUACUUCCCCGGGCUUCAGUCGUCCUGCACUCCCCCCGCAUCUACCACAGAACGCACAUCCUCUGUCGUCGGUAGCGACCCCGCCUCCGCUGAAUCUUGCCCGACGACACACGUCGGCUGAUAUUCGAGAGCAUGGCUGGCCACCGGCCAACGCAAAUGGGUCUCCGCAUGCUUCAGGGCACUCGUCUGUGCAUUGGCAGCCGUCAUCGCCGCAGCAGGCACCUCAGGCGACUGGGGAUCAGGCGAUUCGAGACCAACUAGCUCAGUACGAGAUCAACGGUCCCAGACGACAGACCAUCACGGCCAAUCAACCGACGCCUCCACUCAUUUCCGAAACCCCUCCAGCCGGACUUGGGGUGGAGAAUGUUUCCUGGACGUUGGGUGGGAGUAAGUUUCCUCGGCCGAACUUUGAAUUGCAUUCUGCGCCCGCCACGCGCAGGGGAAGCAUGGCGACAUUGCAUUCGCUGCUAAACCCUGCCGAUACGGCGGAAGAAGAACAUGAAGACGAAGGUCUUAAUGAGGACCGCAAACGGAAACGAAUGCAAUGA